CAUUCACUGAUGGAGGAGACAUCCAGUCCCAUGGGUCCUCAGGAGCUAGUUUCAUGCCUUAGAUGCAUUCAGUCCUCUACUGUUUGUUAGUAAGAGUGGCAUAGAACUUGUGGGCUUCACUCAUGUUACAAAGAUUUUUUUUUGUUUCGUGUGUCGUGACUGAAUGUGGGUGGGUGAUGGUGAAAUAUUUCUGCUAUGCGGAAGUCGGCCACUUUCAGUGUGCAUACAGCAUGGAAACACAUCUCUCUACACUGCUGGGACUAUUCAUACUUCAUUUACAUCUUUUACAGCUUCACACAGUGUCUGCAGCUGUGCCAGUGUUUGUGCUGGAGGGAGGAUCAGUCACUCUGAAUGUGACAGGACAUGAAGACAAGACCGGCUUAAAUUUCAUAACAUGGAAGUUUCACAAGAGACCUGUUGCUGUGUACACCCAUAAAUUCAAUGAUGCAGAUGUUAGAGAUCCCUUCAAAGGCCGAGCAGAGUUUGAUGUGAGCACCUUCUCUCUGCUGCUGAAGAACUUGCAGAGGAGUGACUCUGGGCUCUACACAGCACAGAGGGAUACUGGGGAAAUAGAGGAUGUUGCAGACUAUGAACUUUCUGUCCUGGAGCCUGCAGCAGCCCCCACUCUGACUGUGGUGUCUAACUGGUCCAGCAGUGACUCCUGUAAUGUGACUCUGAACUGCACAGGACUCAACGUGUCUCUGAUCUCCAGCUGUAACGGCACCUUCUGCUCUCAGGAGGGAGGAGACACAUUUCUCUUCAUCUCUUUCAACACCACCCAUGUCCUCUGUAACCAUGGCAACAAAGUUAGCUGGAGUCAGAGCACCAAAGACUUUGAGUCAUUGUGUCGUAAUAACCCAGAAAAACCGCAGCCUGCUGGUAGCCUCCACAUUGCAGUGCCUAUUAGUGUAUCUGCAGUAUUAGUACUAGCAGUGGUAGUGGCGGGUGCUACAUUAAAGAUAAAAAGAGAUGGAGCACAAGAGAACAGCCAGCGUAAUGACCUGGGGAGCGGUCAGCCAAUGGUUUGUCAUCAGCAGUCAGGGGAAGUUGAAAGUCCAGGAGAAAACACAUAUGCUGAGCCACUGAGCCAAACUAAGUGCAGUACCACUCCUGCCUCAACGGUCUAUGACACAGUGCAGCUAACUCGACUGCCAGCUUCCUCUUCAGCAGAACAUGUUCCUCCAACGGCUUGCACUCCUGAAACUGUCUACGCUGUAGUGAACAAGAAAGCUGCUCCUAAGUGAGAAGGGAUCACAUGAUGCAGAACAUGCAGUAUUUUUAUUAUAGGUAUUUUAAAUAUGUAUACAAUUGUAUGUUUUAAGUUUGGAACAAAUCAAAUGUAGUUUGUAACAAAAUACAUCGAGGGAUUGUAUUUAGAGUAUUUCCAAUACUUAAACACUUAAACACACACAAUUGUCAUUUUCUCAAAUAGGCUAAGCCAAAAUUCCAUCACUAUUAAAUAUACUACCUAUAACCAUGACAGUAAGCUAUGCUCAUCAUAGUCCGGGAGCCAAAAGCCAGAAUCUUGGCGAAGCUGGUUUUGUGGAUUAAACCUGAGUGUGUGGGUUCAAUUUGUCAUUCUGUUUUGACUACAGAAAAUUAUGGUGGGUAGUGUAGUAAAUAUUCAACAAGGCCUAUAUGCUAUUAGCUUAAAGUUAAUAAAUGAGAAAAGAUCAAGACUGUAUUCUGUAGAGAGAGGCCAUCUGAACUGUUUGCGGUCAGGGAAAUAUUCUGUCUUUCCGUCAGCUAUUUAUUCUCCAUAACUCAGCUUUUACUAACCUCAGUCUGUCCAUCAGCUAUUUAUUUGACAAAACUCAGGGUUUUUCUAACCAGGAGUCUAUCAGUCAUCUCUUCAUUUAGCUUAUCUCAGGUUUUUAUGUUUGUUUUGCUGAGUGCUGUCUGCCAUCUGAAGAAUAUGGCAGUUGUGGACAGUUAUUGGGGUUGUGACAAUGGCUUCACGGGUAGUUAAUAAGAAAAUUAAGCAAGAGAGAAAAAGGAGAUCUGAAAAGUUUCCAUGACAACACCCAAAAACGCUGUAAGGUGGAUUGAUGUCCAGCUCCAUCCUAAGAUUUUGCGCAGAUCUCAAAUUGGGUGAAAUAUUCUGCAAAAUACAUUCACUCUGCUGUUCAGUGUUGCAUUGGCUUAUAGUCUUAGUCAGGCUGUGUCACUUUGUAGUAUUGACAGUUCAACGGCUACUUUCGUCUCAGUAUCAUUCCUUGGACAUUUUUCACAUCAGUAUUUUGUAUUUUACUUUGUUACAUUUUAUGCACUAGUGUUUGUAGUUUGUAACAAAACUUUUUUUGAUGUUUGUUGCCUCUGUAUGUUCAUCAUUUCUGUCAUCAUAUCAUUCAGGCUUUAUUGUAAUUUAUGGUUACAGUUCACUUUCCUUGAAAGUUAGAAAAGCCAACAGAUCCUUCUUCUUCUUCAACAAAUGUCUUUCUGUUAUUACCAGUAUUGUCAGUAUCUUGAACAACAGCCACAAUAAUAAAUGUCUAGUGACGAGCUCUUUGCUGUACACAAAUCCACCGCACUCAGGUCAUGAAUAGGCCCCAUCGCUCAUAGCCAUUGGUCAGCACAAUUGUACAUUUUUCAUAGAGGCUUGUUACUGGAGCAAGUCCAGACCGAACUCCCCAGCUUCAACAUCUGUUGGUGGGGUUACAUUCGGACUGGCUUCCAGGCUACAAAAACUCCAAUUAUUUUUGUAAUUUUGCACCCAAGACAAACGUGUGUUAUAAUACAGCAUACACUGUUAAGUGUACAUAAAAAAACCCCAAAUGUGUUAUAGUUAUUUUGUCGAGGCUAUGCUUUUGUCAACCCUGUAUCUCUGAUUCAGUGCAAUAAAUAUGACUGUGUGGAAUCCAAAACAAGCUUAUUGAUUAAAAACAAACAAAAAAACACAUUUUAUUACUGUGUUUUAUGACAAUGGA